AUGAACUACCACGUCUCGUCAUCACUCGCGCGACGAUGCGCUUCCGUCUCCUCCUCCGCGAGUGGUAAUCCUUCGUGUUCGUCGUCUUCUCGAACAAGAAGAACGCGAGCUUUUUUAUCCUCCUCGAAUGGAAGACGACGACGAAGCGAUGAUGCGGUCACGCUUUUAAGAAGUUCUGGAGUUGGCCAAGACCGAUUCGACAUAGCGCUCACCGGGCAAGAAGAAGACGGGGAGACGGAUAAAAAGGCAAAGAAACGAACAAUUUCGCUCGAUUUAGGCGGAACUCAAAUGCAAACGACCGCUAUCGAGUAUACCGGCGAGUUAGUCGCGGUCGAAAUCGACCGGCCUCUCGGUUUGAUUUUGGAGGAAACGAGAGUGGAACGAAGCGUCGAGACGCGGAUAGAAGUUGUGGAGAUUGUUCCGGAUUCAAACGCUUCAAAAGAUGGCAGAGUAAAGGUUGGGGAUAUUUUACGCUUAACCACGGCAGUGUUCAACGUUUCCGCACCGAUCGAUGUGACGACGUGGAUGAAUCCGCCGGCGAAGGCGAACGUGAGAGCGUACGUGAAAGACUCGACGUUCGAUAAGACGAUGUUGGCUAUUCAGAGUCACUCGGUGCCGGUGGAUUACGACGGCGACGCGAGGGAAAUGAAAAGCGUCGGGAUGGUGUUUGAGAGGAAAUAA